AUGGCAUUUAUCUAUCUUCUCCUCCUCCCACUCUCCAUCACCAUCCUCAUCGUCAUCUCCGUUUCCCGAUUUCUCAGCACAGCUUCCAAACACAAGCCCCCGCCGCCUCCUGGCCCGAAGCCAUGGCCGAUCAUCGGCAACCUCCAUCAACUAGGCAAGCAACCUCACGUCUCCUUCCAACACUUUUCCCAGCUGUACGGUCCUCUCAUCUCCCUCCGCCUCGGCUCCCAGCUCCUCAUUGUUGCAUCUUCCCCGGCGGCCGCUGCCGAAAUCCUGAGAACCCACGACCGUCGCCUCUCCGCCAGAUUCAUUCCCGCGGUCAUGCCUUAUGAAACGAUGGAGCUCGAACGCAAGGCCAUCGUUUGGGCUUCCAACUGCAGCAACGACCAGUGGAAGGCCUUACGAGCAAUGUGCAGGAACCAGAUCUUCUCGGCGAAGGCCAUCGAAUCUCAGGCCGCCGUCAGGGAGAGGAAGGCUGCCCAGAUGGUGGAAUUUCUCGAGGGGAAGCUAGGGGAGACGGUUAGCAUAGGUGAAGUGGUUUUUGCUGCGAUCUUCGACUCGCUGUCGAAUCUCAUGUUGUCGAGAGAUUACAUCGGGUUCGAAAGUAGCGAGACGGCAAAUCGAUUGAAGUCGCUGAUUCGAAGGUUGACGGAGCUGGGGACUUGCCCUAAUCUCGCCGAUUUUUUCCCAUUCCUGAAGAAAUUGGAUCCUCAGGGGCUGAGACGUGAGGCAUUUCGCCGUUGCAAUGAGCUCUACUCAGUCUGGCAGCCUUACGUCAAAGAGAGGAGAGAGCGCCGUCAAAGAGAGCAAUAUGGUGCUCAAGACUUCUUAGAUAUUUUCCUGGAAAAUGGACUUGAUGAUGACCAGAUUGACUGGUUGAGUCUCGAAUUGUUCACGGCUGGCACGGACACUAACACGACAACAACAGAAUGGGCGAUGACAGAGCUGAUUCGAAACAAGGGAGCGAUGGACAAGUUGCGGGAGGAGCUGAAGUCGCAACUGAGUUCAUUAUGA